GAAGGUGGCUUAGCUCGAUCCGGCUUGUGAUUCACCUUUGGAAAGUACGAUUUUUCCUAUUUUCUGUGAUGUACUCUUUUAGGUCCAUACAAAUACUAGAAUCCUACUGCUGAUAAAGGUAAACCCUUGUAUCAAACAACUGCCACAGCCUAUUCGAUUGAUCGCUACAGCAUAACCUAUAUACUAUCUAGUAUAUCAUGUGGGCCGUGGCGAAGAUCCUGCAGACGACUUCACUGCCAACGCCACCAUGAUCGCACUCCGACACACCAUGCCGCAUAUCUUCAUACUUCUCGGGAUGGUCCGAUACCUAAGCGCGGACGCCCAUCCUUCGCCGUUGGACACCAUGGCUGACGUCACUAACGACUUUGGAGUCUGCGUUCUUCAGAUCAUCGCGUCUCCCAAUGUCAACACUGUGUUUUCACCGUACGGACUGAUGUCGAUGGCUCUGCUGGUAUAUGAAGGAACUAGAGGACAAGCGGCCGCAGAAAUAUACAACACUCUCCACCUUCCGUGGCACAGGGACAUCGUGCGCAUCGGCUUCCGAGACCUUCAUAGGUAUCUCAGGAGCUAUUUCUCCAGCGAAGGCUUCCUCAAAGGUUUGGUUUUGAGCAAACCAAAUGUUACUCUAAGAAACAGUUAUAUUAAAGUUUUAAAAUUUUAUGGUUUUCAAUCGGACACCUCAAUAACACAACCAGUUUUCACUACUCAAGCGUCUGUUGGAAAUAGAGAGAAGAGUAAUGAAACAGUGACAAACAUUCCUGAAACAACUGCACCAGACCUAACAACACCAGUGACAACUAUGAUACCCAAAACAACAAAACCAGAAGAAAAUGAAACUAUAGUUCCAACAACAUUGGCUUCAACCACGGAAAUCCUUAUGGGGACUGGGAAACCACCAACUCAGCCAGAUAUUCUAUCAAUGAGAGGUCCUGAAGAUGAGAAAACAACCGUACCUGCAACUACAAUUCCUACAACCGUUGUGACCACUACAAGAGAAACAACUGAAGCCAAACCAGAAGAAUCACCAGCAACCACUCUACAACCAACAAAAGAAGCGGCCACAAUAACUACCAUAAAGGAAGAAUCAACAACAAAAGAUGCACAAACAAGUUUUGAUGAUGUUCCUUCUACAACAGCAUCAGACAAAGAAACAUCAGCGACUCAAGAGACUGAAACAGAAUCCUCAAUGCCAGAGGUGAAUGUUGUAACAAUGAUAAAUGUACCUGCAUCCGAACUGGAGAGUAUGAAUAUGAUGAUGGAUACAGCUAACGACACUGAUCCAUCAGACGGAAGUUCAGAUAGUCCUGAAACUGAAACUGAAAAAGAUGGAGGAAAAACAACGAUAUCAGACUUUGUUACGAUCUCAAAUGAGAUUUCAACAAAGGAGAUUUUCACUGAGGUUACAAAAACCGAGACCGUUACUUUGUUUGUAGAUACAACACUUCCGAUAGAAGAGGUAACCCUUUUGACUACUCCAGUUUCGGAAGUUUUUACAGACAAGAACACACCGAUGCUUGAAGCUGUUAUUUUAAUGGAAGAAAGUGCACCUGACUUGCAAAAAAUACAGUUUACAACGGAUAGUACCUUGAAUAAGCGAGCAACAGAUUCAAAUCCUGUACUCAACGAUUUGCCAAAACCGAAUAUUACGACAAAUUUAAACACUAUGUAUUCAAUAUUGCACAAGAAUAGUACAACUGAGUCAAAAAAUCAAUAUAAUGUAGAGAAUCAAUCCUGGAGCAUAAUGGACAAUAAAGACCAAAUGAUGGUGGAAUCUAUUUUAAGUAAUUUGAUUGAUAGCGAUGUGAAUGGUAGCUAUCACAAUUUGGAAAACAACGGUACAGAAACGUUGACUGAUUCGAAUGAUGUAGAAUCUAGUGAUGACAACGCUGAUGAAGUGGUCGGUUUUCCAACUUUAGAACCUGACACAAUCAUUUUCCCCUCCGUUACCCAGUCAAGACCACGACGAUCUGUGCAAUAUGAUAAUCCUCAGUCGGCCAGUUUGGGUAACUGGGUGGGUUCUUCAGGCUGGUACCCGAGCCCUACAGAUCAAUGGUUCUGGACAUUUACUGGUGACAAGCUAGUACCUGUGUUAACCUACACUGCCUUCAUGCCUUACGUUGACUUGCCUGCCUUGAGAGCGACGGCUCUACAACUACCACUGGACGAUGUGCGUUACUCGCUAGUAAUACUUCUGCCGAAACAAGCAAGAGGACUGAAGCAGCUGCUGUAUUCUCUGCAGUGGUGUCCGCUGCGGAGUAUUAUGAAGCAGUUCAAACAGACCCCCGUGUACGCUGUGGUGCCUACCUUUACAAUAGUGAAACAUAUAAACUUGACACCGGCACUUCAUAAGCUAGGUGUGCGGAAGAUUUUCGAUGGUUUUAUGGCCAAUUUAUGUGAGAUGUCUGAUGAGCCAAACCUUUACGUCCGGAGUGUGGAGCAAGUGAUCACCAUUUCUGUGCAGAAAUAUUUCACAAACCAGAACUCAAUUGGAGCCUCUCCGGUUCAAGUGGAACAGCAUUUCCUAGCCACGCAUCCUUUCGUCUACUUUGUUGUGGAUUUGGAGACCAAAGUGGCUUUGGUCGCUGGAACUGUAGUGGAUCCAACCGAUCGAAACUCCUAGAAACUCCAACGUCAUCCCCUCCAACACUUAUCCAAGAUCUCAAAGUACCUCCUCUUGUUGUUACUGGUUAUAUUUUUAAUAUUUAUUUAUGAUGGAUCAGUAUUAAAUAUUUUGCUGUUAA